GAUCGUGUGUUAAUGCCUUAGCCCUAGCGAUAGCCAUGGGGUUAUAAUGGAUCGUGUGUUAGUGUCUUAGCCCUAGUGAUAGCCAUUGGGUUAUUUUAAUUUUGAAUUGACGCAAACAAGGUUUGGGCAUGAUGAGAGAUGAAAUAGGACCAGAUCAAGUAGGUUCAUGAAUUGGGCUAAAUUUGUGUCAAAAAAAAAUGAAUUGGGUUAAAUUGUGCAUGGGUUGAUUGAGGACGACUUUGCUUAAGCUUGGGUCAUGACAUGAGUUGAAUGGGUCAUAUAUUGGGUAAUUAAUAAAUUUUGCAUUGUUUUUUUUCAAUUUUUUUUAUAGAAAGCGAGUUUAUGGUGCUUCAUUGGUUGGUUGGGUUCUAGGGGAAAAAAAUUUGACCCAUAGCCACCACCCUAGAACACGAGUGGUGUUGGAUUAGGGGUAGACUGGUAGGUUGUGAUAUUCUAGAGGUGCCUCCUAGAUUAUUUUAGAGGGUGUUUGGUUUAGGAAAUGUAGGACUUACAUGCAUUUUAAAACUCGUACAAACCAUACCAUAAAUCCUUAUAAACCUAAGCGAAUGUAGGUUUGUCUCAUACCAUUAUUUUAAGGUAUCAAAUAAAAGAAUAAAACUUCAUUUUCAAAAUCAAACCAAACAUAUAAAUCAAGUUUCAAAUUCAUACUAUUAUGAAUUCUUCAUUCCUAAUUCCAAUCCAAUACCACGAACAAAUUCCCCCAUAGAUGGCCAUAGUCGAGUCGCAAAGGAACAUGGACUAAGACUUGGGCCUAUAACAACAGGCUUCCUAUGUCGGAGUGAUCAGACCUCCAAAAACUAGCACUCGUACUUGUAAUACGAAGUAAAAAAAAAAACGUCAAAAAAAAAUUUCAAGCAAAAAGGUUUACAACUUUACACAUUGAAAACGUCUCAAUCCACUCAAACGCUAUCAUCAAAUGAUCACAAAAUUUGGAAGCUUUGGAUAUGGAGCACACACACUCACAAAAACUCACUUCCACUCUUAUUUACACACAGAAAAACGAAGAGAGAGAAAAAUCCAUUGAAGGAGGAUGAGGACGAUGAUGCUCUCUGCAUCUCCUCAACCAACCUUCAAGCUCAACAAUGGCGGAACUUCAUUCAAUCAUUCUUUCAAUCCUUUCAACUUGCGUCGCCGAAUUCCCUGCUUAUUUCAAUUCAGAGCUCUAAGCAAGAAGUACAACCCUAUGCAGGAAAAGGAUAUUCAAUUAUUUGGACAAAAAGCGCACAUAUUCAAUGAGCCUGAGUGCAGGCUCAAUGAAAUUGGGAGUCCGCAUAAAAUUGCUGACUUGUGCGAGGACCAAUAUGAUUUUUGUGCUUCAAAUUUAUCUACUUCGAAUCAGUGCAAAGUAGAUGAGAUUAUUGCUGCGAUGGACAAUUCAACCUUCGAUAAAUCUACACGACAAUUGCAAAAGUUUAUUUUUCUCUUUGGGAUGCUCACAGUCCAGGGUGCUGAUAACGCAAGUGCUACUUCAAAUGUUAUGGACAACUUACAGUCAGCAAACUUCUUUGGGGACCUUAGUGACAUUAGCACAGGUUUCGCUUCAGCAUUCUUGCUGAUCUUCUUUUCUGAACUUGGGGACAAGACAUUCUUUAUUGCAGCAUUAUUAGCUGCCAGAAAUUCUGCUGCAGUUGUUUUUGCUGGCACUUUUGGUGCACUUGGGAUAAUGACUAUAAUAUCAGUGCUACUGGGUAGGACUUUUCACUAUAUUGAUGGUGUCCUUCCAUUCAGUUUUGCUGGGAGUGAUUUGCCUAUUGAUGAUAUUGCUGCAGUCUGUCUCCUUGUGUAUUUUGGGGUCACGACACUGAUUGAUGCGAGUUCAAGUGACAGUCAAAAGGCUGAAGAUGAACAGAAAGAGGCUGAGCUGGCAGUGUCCGAAUUUUCUGGAAAUGGUGCUGGGAUCAUGGCAGCUGCUGGCACAAUUGUUAGUACAUUUGCCUUGGUUUUUGUUGCUGAAUGGGGUGACAAAUCAUUUUUCUCGACAAUAGCACUUGCUGCAGCCUCUUCACCUCUUGGAGUCAUUGGUGGAGCACUUGCUGGUCAUGGAGUGGCAACCUUGCUUGCUGUAGCAGGGGGAUCCUUGUUGGGUAAUUUCUUGUCUGAAAAAGUAAUCUCAUACGUUGGAGGUGUUCUAUUUCUCGUUUUUGCCAGCAUAACAUUGAUCGAGAUAAUUCAAGGUUAGACACUUCCGUAGUUCUGUUUGUAUAUUAGAAUGGAAAAUGAUCCUGCGUUGCCAAUUUGUAGAAUAGCAAUGCGGGUUCUUUCUAACUGAUUAUGUUCAUCUCAAUGUCAUUCUCUCAUUCUUUUUUUUUCCUUCAUUGAUCUCACUUGUACUCUAAUCUUGUUCUUUAA